AUGGCAACAUUAUCACCGUCCAAGGCUCGCACAACGCCCGGUUGCGGUCCCACUGCAAUCAACCACGAACGGCACUCGCCUCAGCGCGCUGCCCUUAUCCCACGCUCUGCGCUUCCAGAACCUGGUCAGCGAGGUUCCGUCAACAGUUCCCCACACACCGUAUCUUUGUCGGCAGUGCAAGCUAUGCAGGCGUUCAACAGCGACAAUGCACGUGACGGCACAUUUUUGCUGUCUACAGAAGGCCCCCGCCAAGGCUCACGUCACGAAGUCGUUUCGAUGACAAACACUUGCGACUCUGAUGUAGAAACUGUUCAUGGGUCGUCUGAGGCCAGCAUCGACAUCAUCACAGAGCGAGAAACCAUUACAUAUGGAGAUGUGAAGUUUACUAGCCCGCGCAAGCCACUUCCUGCGCAAUGGCUGCCUCCGUCCACCUCGCCAUCUCUUGCGACAGCACAACGAGCAAAAGCUCAUCAUGGCGCGAAGGGGUCCACGAGUGGCUCCCCAGCCGACCGCAAGUCUCUGCGAACUACGCGCAGCUUCAUUGACAUUGGCAAAGCCCACGCGGACGGGGCGUCGUUUCUUACCAAAGAAGCACUCGAUGCUGUUGACGCAAACAUCACGUCUGCGACGCUCCGCCGCAGUCCAAGCAAGAUCCAACGCUCGCCUACGAAGGUGCCCUGGAACAGCCCGACAGUGUCGCCGAAGGUUGGAAGUCUACGCCAGAGCGCUGCAUCGCCUAUAAAGCCAUCACCGCCACGAACGACACAUCUUGGUACCCAUGUGACGGCCGACCAUAGGCGUGCGCCUAGCAGCAUCGUUUCCAGCGGGGCGACUUCGUUUCAUACUGCGCAUGGCUCGCCGGUAAGGAGUCCUGCAUUCUCGCAGAGCAGCUUUUCGUCAGCUGAAAACCUCCUCGACAGCCCACACUCUUACUACUCUGAUACUGUGGCUGAUGUCAUUCUUGAGCAGAUUGACCCCGGCAGCAAGCCGACAAUCAGUACAUCCAGAACAACGACUAGCCUUCGAACACGGGCCUCAAGACCAGAGUUGUCCAUCAGCAUACCACCUCCAGAUACUACAAUCGAUGCCAAGCGGAAGUCCGCUUCUACCCUGGGGUCAGCCACAAGCAGUUCAGGUGCGAGCAUCAUUCAAGGUGAUAGUCCGGAACUUCAGCACCCUGGAGGCCGUCAGCCUCCAGUUUCUGCGACACAGUCAUCCCGCAUUCCCCGCAUGUCUAUCAGCAAAGGUAGCAGUGCCCGUGCUCCUACCUUGAGUUCCACUCUGAAGCAAACAAAGUCAACUCAGGCCUUGCGAUCGCCUAAAACUACAAAUGGAGAAACGGAGUUAAAGCGCGUGACUACCUUCAAGGUCACUGGGGUAAAGUCCAUGCGCCAUGUUCGUACUGUUGACAGUGCAGGCUCUACGCCAAUUCUAUCCGAGCGGCGGAGUCAUAAGUUCAGCAUACCGGCAAGUGUGGCUAGUGUUGCGACAACGGAAACGGAAGCUACAGCGCGCCCUGGCAAUGUCGAUCUGCUCACCUCAUAUCUGCAAGACACAGCACUCGGAGUGCUUGAAUCAGCCGACUGCCUGCCUGUAUCAUCUACAACAUCCAGAGCGACCAGCACUUCUACUGUCAGAGCGCCUCAGACUGACAGCGGGUCCGUGAUAAUGGAUAUGGCUGCCACCUAUAGUCACAGAAAGCCAGAUGACCCAGGCAACGUCCACUCGAGCGAUGCAGAUGACGAGUAUGACGAUACUACAACAUCUGUGCCAGGCUCAAGAGACAGCCUACAGAACGCUUCACCGACUCGGGGUCGAAGCGCGCAGUACAAUCCCAGCGUCCGUCGCGCAACCACCAGCGAGAUAUCGAUGCAGUCUAGUUCGACGUCGGACUUGCGUGCCACUGCAGUAGAGUUCGUGCCAGCUCGAAAAGACACUUCGGAAAACGUUGAAGCCCUCCAGACUCCUGCUUUUCCCGACAUGUAUGCUCUGGAUGGCUAUGGUAUUCCUUGGUUCUAUCAUAUGUAUCCAGCGCCAUGGCUAUUUCCUUCGAUAUACGCCAAAGGCCGGUCGUCGAAAUCGCCGAAGAAGUUUCGACCCAAGAAGCAGCGCUCAACUUUGAGCUCCCCGGUUGAUGAUCAGCAAGGUCAGCAUGAUGUGCUCCCUUCCAUCGAGACAGAGAUGAUGGAAAGCGCGACAAACGCGGCUUCUUGCGAGCCAGAUGGGUCCAGCGUGAAUGCUCCAUCGCCUAAUGUUCAGAAAUCUACGGCGGCGCCAGGCAACAUGUCUGUACCAGGUGUCGCGGCCUAUGUGAAAGCCUCCGCAGCUCCGUUCUCCACGCAAUUCGACAUGAUCGCUCGCCAAGCUGCUCUUCAAACCAGCACCAAUGCUAUGCGUCCCCGCCAGAUUGACCUGACAACCAUACGCAACGUUCCCGCGCAGGAUGUUGAGCACCAGGGCCAUAUCCAAGGCUACAACACAAUGCCUUCUCGACGUCGCAAUCAACGUCAAGCUGGCAAUGGACUGUAUGGCGGUCGCAGUAACGUCGGUGUACCUCUCUACGCAACUGCGCCCUUCCCUAACCCCGUUCCGCCAAUGGGGCGCCCCUCUGAACAUUCUCGCAGCGACCCCAAGCCAUAUGUUGGGUACGCCGUCGGUACUCAGGCUUGCGACACGAUUGAGAUUGAGAAGGCAGCUGAGCACGGUGGUGGCCAGGCCUGCAACACUUGUGAGCCAGACCAUUAGAGUACCUCGAGGAAGUUCUUUUGGAGUAGCAAUCGCGGAUUUGGAGAGCCGGAUAAGACUUAUUGGUAUCGGAUGCAUGCUUCCAAAAUAUAGUCACUGGACUUCGGGAGUGUGGUUUUGUGUAAGGUUAGAGUUGACAUUCGUUUGGUCAUGAUUGUAUUGGAUAGGUG